AUGUUGAAAGUCGAAUAUCCAUGUCGUACAAUUUCAUCAUCCUAUGAAGAUUUAAAUAAACCAAUAAUUACCGCAAGUCAAGCAAAGAAACAUUUACAUGAUAUUCGUGUUCAACGUCAAAAUCAGUUAACAGCAAAUAUUAAUGAAUGUCAUAGACUUCAAGCUAUUCAUAAACAACUUUUUAAUCAUCAAUUAAAUUCUUCUUCUUCUUCUUCUUUUGAAAAAUCUCCAGAUAAAAAAUUAAUUAAUAAUGAUUAUGUUUCAUAUGUAAAUAAAUAUUCUAUACCACGAAUAAAAUAUGCAUCUAUUAUCUAUCGACAAGCAAUACCAACAUUUGAAUUAGAUCCAUUAGUUGAAUCAAAAAAUGAUACGCCCAUUAUAAAAGAAUUAACACAUUAUUUAUCCGAAUUACCUUGUACAAGUUCAAAUGAACGUAUAAGAAAAAAUAAUCGAUCAUUUUCAUCAAUAAAACACGAUCGUGAAAGAAGCUUAAGUGUUUCUUCUGUUUCAUCAACUGAUAAACGAGCAAAUAAAGUCUAUGAAAAAUGGCCUGAUUAUAAUCAAAUAAGUGAAAUUGUUGGUUAUCGUAUUAAUCCUCCAUCAUCAAAACUAAUUACAUCUAAAACCAUAUUAUCUCGUCCUUCAAAUACAAAUAAUCAACAGAAACGAACUACGUCAAAUAAACUUCCUACAGUUUCAAAACAAAAAAAAACUUCAUCACGUACUAUACAACAAAAAUCAUCAAAAUCUAUUAUUCCAUCUACAACUAUCGAAAAACCAUUAUCACCAGAACUUCCUCCUCCUCCUCAACCAAUUAAAGAGGUUCAACCAAUACUUCCAAAUCUUCUCUGUCCAUCAUCGUUAACAUAUUCACAUCGAAUACGAACUCGUCAAUGGUUAAUAAAACAUAAUUUUUCAUCGAAUACAAUUCGUACUCUUCCUCUUCUUUAA